AUGGACGUUCUGGGGAAGACAUUUCAAGCAGGACCAUCAGCGGACGGAACCUACUGCCAGCCCUGUGAACAAGAUAACGAACUCCUCCCUGCUGAGGCCUUCUGUACGGUUAGUAAGGAGUUCUUCUGCUCCGAAUGCGCAAGUCUCCAUAGAAAACAGAAGAUGUCUAGAUAUCAUACCCUUCGUAACAAGUCUGACAUGCCGACAUCUAUCAGUGUAAUAGAAGAUGAAUAUGAAUGUACAGAGCUUUGUGAGAUCCAUCCCAAAGAGAACAUCAAAUAUUUUUGCCCAACCCACCACACCCUGAAUUGUGGACAUUGUGUAGUGCAUAAUCAUCGAACGUGUCAUGUUGAUGUCAUAUCAGAUGUAUCUAAGGCCUUCAAAGAUGGCCAAGAGUAUGGGGAUGUCAUGAAAGCAAUUGCCAGGUUAUUUGAAAACAUUGAUUCCUGCGCGUCUGAUGUGGAGAACAACGUUGAAGCUGUAGCAAAACUUGGUGAAAAUGAGAUUUUCAAGCUGGGAAGAUAUCGAGAGGAAGUUAACAAGUAUUUUGAAGAAAGACAACAAGCACUAUUGUACCUUUUAGAGGAGAUAAAAAGAAUGGAUGAUGAACUACUUGGGUCUCUGAAACCCAAAUAUACAAACCUUAAGUCCAAGCUGGAAGAAAUAAAUGUCAAACUUGAAGGACAAAAAAACAACAUGAUACAGUUGUUUAUAGAGACAAAAAGAGCCAAGAAGCUAUUAGAGGUUCUGCAGAAUGACCUUGCUGACAUUAACAAGGAGCAUGUUGUUCACUACUACGAGUUCAGGAAGGAUCCAGCUACAGACCGUCUGAUUGCAUCUGACACUGGCCUUGGGACUUUAAAAACAUUACGACUGAGCCGCACAAGAUCGCAUCCGCAUCCAAUCUCGUUCCUUACUUAUGAAGUUGUUUACUUAACCUUUAACCAGAUUGCAAUAACGUUUAAUGAAGUAUUUUAUAAGUUGACGAUAUAUCGACAAAUAAAUAUAAAAUAG